AAUCAUUGUGUUUUGUUGAAGAAAAUAUCGAAAACAUUUAUUAAAAUACAUUUAAAAACUUGUUAAAACAGUGGAUUUAAAUAAAGCAGAAAAAUAUGCUUGUUGAAAUUAAAACAAAGCUAGAUUGAAUUCUGAUCAAAUCUACUAAUAAAUCAAGAUUUUUGAUUGAAAAAAAUAUUUUGUUUAAAACUUUGAACUUUACUACUGCCUAAUGGUUUCUGUAAUUACAACUCUAGCAAAUAAGUUUUCACGUCGGCUAAGCGAUACACAAGUCCCUUCAUCAGUACGAUUCGAUAUAGACGGUCCACCAAGGAAUUCCCUACUUAGGAGACAGAGUGUUGCUGCAGAAAGUUUUGAUCCAGAAAAAGACAGUGAUGAAAAUAAUGAUGAAGAAAGGCAAAUAUAUCCAAAAUCUGACAGCCAACGUGCAAGACUAAGCAAUGCAGUGAAAGAAAUUCUACUGUUCCGAUGCCUUGAUGAAGAACAAAAAUCCAGAGUUAUUGAUGCAAUGCAAGAAAUGAAAGUGAAGCAAGGUGAAGUAGUCAUUUCUCAAGGGGAUGAUGGGGACAACUUCUACGUAAUUGAAUCAGGAACAUAUGAUAUCUAUGUGAAAAAUUCCAACAGUACUGAUGGACAUCUUGGCGAGAAAGUUGGAUCGUACAAUGGGCAAGGAUCUUUUGGAGAGUUAGCCUUAAUGUACAACACAUCAAGAGCAGCAUCAAUAAUCGCUGCUACAGAUGGUAUAUUAUGGCUAAUGGAUCGAAGUACAUUUCGUCGAAUUGUUUUAAAAGCUGCAUUUCAUAAACGCCAAGCAUAUGUGGAACUGCUUGAAGAUGUCCCGUUGUUAAAAGAGUUGAGUAGUUAUGAACGCAUAAAUGUUGCUGAUGCCCUACAGUCAAGAGUAUAUCAAGAUGGUGCUACUAUUAUAUCACAAGGUGAAACUGGUAAAGAGAUGUUCAUCAUUGAAUCUGGAACGGUUAAAAUUAUUGUGAAAGAGAACACAAAAGAAGUUGAAUUAAGUCGAGUUGGAAAAGGCGCUUAUUUUGGAGAAUUGGCACUUAUCACCAAACGACCAAGAGCUGCAUCAGCUUAUGCAGUAGGACAGACUAAAGUGGCUGUCCUGGAUGUUGCCAGUUUUGAACGUUUAAUGGGUCCAUGCCUUAAAGUAAUGCAAAGAAAUAUUGAUACAUAUGAAAAACAAUUGAAUCAACUCCUUGGACCUGAUCAUCAGUUAAAGGCAACAGAUCUUAGAUCAAAAUAAUCUCCCUCUCUCUCUCUCUCUCUCUCUGUCUCUCUCCCUGCCUGUGUCUGACCACAUUUUAACACUUCAAUUCAACAUCAAAUUCAUACAUUUUUGGAUGUGUAUUUUUUUCGUCUUCAGCAUUAUCUAUUUCUUUUUGUCAUUUAAGUAUUUCGUGAAUGUAUUUUCUAAAAAUCAAAAUAAUGAAAACAAAAAAUAGAUUAUUCACCAUUUUCCCCCAUCGUUGGUUUGUUUUUCUAAAAGUGACCUCUUUAACUCUUUUAACUGGUACAUCAUUUCAUUGUUGACUCACUGUUGACUCACACACUGUUGACUCACACACCAGCCAUUCAUUUCAAUACUUCAUAAUUCCCACUGUCGCAGAAGAAGAUUACCAUGGAUUGAGAGAUAUACAAAAGAAUAUAUAUAUAUAUAUAUAUAUAUAUAUAUAUAUAUAUAUACAAAAGUGAUAAAAUUCUAUUGCUCCUCUAUCCUAAACUUACUUUUUUUGCCCUUUCUUGACCAUGUGUAGCAAUCAUUCUAUCAUAGUGAUAUCACACCACAGUUACAUAACACAUAUGUAAGAUGAAACUGGCAAAUAAAUCAUUGUAAUUAUAUUGAGUAAUAAUAAUAAUAAUGAUAAUAUACAUUGUAUUAUUCACACAUUCACAUCCAUUUACUGUCCAUUUUCAAUUUGAAAGGAGGUGGGAAGGUGAAAACGCACACAGCAUCCGAAUUCCUGUCUGUCCACCUCCAAAAAAUGUAUCGCUUAAUGCAGUUACAUGCAUUUGCAUGUAAUAAUAAUUUUAUGUUUCUGUCUUGUCUUCUCUGUGUGUGUACGCGUGUCUGUGUGUGUGUGUGCGUGUGUCCAAAAGUGUGUUCGUCUUUUAAUGUAUUCAUUUAUUUUUCAUAGUUUAACUGUUUGUUUUUUGUAUGUUUUAUCCAAACGAAUAAAAAGAUGAACAAAUUAUUUAUUUAUGGACCUUUUUCUAUUCUAAAUCAAAAUGGAGCAUAAUUUACCCAGGAUUCUUGACAGUUUAUUCUUGCUAAGUAAUACACUGCAUUAAAGCGUAG